AUGAGAAGGCGCCCGAUCACUCGAGAUCGCAAAGCCGCUGCGGCUCGCGAAGCUCUCAUUUAUUUCGAACGCGAAUUGACCAAAAUGCCGCCGUUCAAGGAUGAGCACGUCCUGUUAAUUGCGCCGGGCUCGCAAAUGACCCUGGCGCAGCUGGGCCUCCCCGAAACGUUCACGCCCGCGCGAUUCCGCUUCCCCACGCGCAUGUUCCCCGCUCAGAAGGAGGGAGAAUACGAACCUUACCGGAUCCGUGAACGCAGAAAUGAAGUCAAGGUCAGCAAUGGCAAUGGCGCGUCCAAGGCCGCUCCAAAAGAGGAUGUCGAGAUGAAGGAUGCGGAGUCUGCUGGUCAGGAUGUCGCGCCCAAGCCUGAAAGCGAGGGUGCCGAUGGAGCUGAAAAGACCGAGGAGAAGACUCAAGUUGUCGAGGAAAUUCUGUACGAAGAGGAUGUGACCACUGAAGAAGGGGCUGUCUAUCCAAUUCAGGAUGGGCGCAUCGUCGACUGGCCCUGCUUCUAUGCUCUGUUGACUCACAUUUAUAAUGCUCUGAGCCCGCCUUUCCACACCCCUAUUCUCAUGAUUGCCCAGCCAGUCUGGUCUGCGCGCGAUCGCGAGGCUAUUACUCAAUUCGUCUUCGAGAAGUUCAAGGUGCCCGGCUUCAGCCUUCUGGACUCUGCACUUGCUGCGUGCUACGGCUAUGGGGUACAGACGGCCACAGUCGUGGAUGUCGGUAAGGGCAAGGUCGAUGUGACUGCGGUCACUGAUUUCGCAGUUAACGAGCACGGUCGGGGAAUCGCACUGCAAGGGUGCGGCGGCGAUGCCAUGACCGAUCGCCUUCUUGAAAUGCUAGGUCCUAGGGGAUUCACAAGGGAAAUGUGCGAGCAAUUAAAGCGCAGUAACAUCACGGAGAUUUUGCCACCGGGCACUCCACUGCCUGGUGCAGCUGCUACUGCUCGCCAGGGGGCCAACCCGGCAAGUGCUGCCUCUACUGGAGUGGACGGGAACGACUCUGCCCCGCGGGGACCUGGCGAGGGUACUCAGACUGGUACUGAGACCAACGGAGAGGAGGACGAGGGUGUCCUUGACGUGGCAGCGAUUGUUAGCGGCAAUACUACCGAGUACCUUGCCAAUAUGGAGAAGGACAAGUCAGCCAAGAAGGGCGGUGCUGCUGACCCCAGGUCUAAGCUCCCAAAUAACAAAAAGGAGAAGGCCGCUUUCCAAUUCGAGGAAUUCGUGCCCAUGGAGGAGGAGAGCGCAGUCGGCGGCGCCAAGCGCUACAUGCGUCAUAACAGGGAGAUCGAGGUUGGCGUUGAGCGUUUCCUUUUGACAUCUCCCAGCCAGCAGAUCGGGGACCGUCUAUCCAGUGGCAUUCUGGAGGACAUUGCAACACAGAUUCACCACACCAUCCUCGCUGUGCCAGAUGCCACGAAGCGUAGUGAGCUUUGGGACUCCCUGAUCAUUGUCGGAUGUGGCAGCAAAGUUCGAGGCUUCACUCAGGCUCUCCUUGGCGUUAUUACGCAAAAGUUCAUCCUCUCCCCAUCUGCCACCAUCUUCACAUCUGAAAUACCGUCCACCUUCACCACUCCUCUCCCCACUGGCGGUACCAACACGCCCGCUCCUAUGGGCCAGCCUGGGCCAAUGUAUCACCCUGCCGCUCACGGUGUGAACCCUCUCCUCGUGGCUGCUACCCACAAUAACCCCGGCAUGGUUGCACCAGGCACCCCAGGAAUGGAUCCCAAUGGCACAACUCACUACCGCUCUAGUGGUCAUUCUCAGACCCCGACAUCCGCCAAGACCCUCCGGCUGCCCGAGUACUUCCCCGAUUUCAAAGACCAGGGCAACAGUAACGCCCCUGGAGCCAGCGCGGGCCCAUCUGGUGCCUCUCAGGGUGGUCACGGCACCGAGGAAGCCUGUUUCCUCGGCGCUCAGAUGGCUGCCAAGGUGUUCUUUGUGCUCGACCAAGGCCUGACCAAGGGCUACAUGAGCCGUGUCGAGUAUAACGAUAACGGACCGUCGGCCAUCCACGAGUACAUUCUGUGA